AUGUGGCAUGAUAUAGAGACUGUCCUCUUGGGGGAUAUCAAAUUCUCCACCACCGAUAGCACCAACCCUGCCUUCACGCCUCCCGCCCACCCACACCCGCCCACGCACCCACAGCCGCCCACACAGCCGCCCACACACCCACAGCCACAUCUACACCCACAGCCCCACACCCAGGUACACCCACUGACACAUCAACUCUUACAUCACUCGCCCAGCCACCCACAGCCGCCCACGCCCACCCACCAGCCGCCCACACAGCCAGCCACCACCUCGCCAGUGGCCGGAGUGCCCACAGCAGGUGUGGGCGUGUGUCAGGCCGCCCCCCGCACCCACUCGCCUGCAUCAGGAGACGUGGGCGGCGCCAGCUACCCGCCCACCUUCCCCGCCCACCAGUGGCGCGUCAAGAGUGAGUACGGGGAGCAGGUGGCGCCAGAGGCCAGCUGGGAGUACAAGGACAGUACCUCCUGGACCGAGUACUAUCCGGCUACUGACCCCGGCCUGCAGUACGGCUACUUCCCCUCUACCCCGCCCUAUCCGGCCGACCUCUACCCACCCUCCAGCUCCACCCAGCCGCCCUAUCCGCCAGGACUAUCCGCCAUAUCCACCAAUCCACUCCUGACGCCGCCGUCAUCGCCCUCCCUCAUGGGUGGCCAUGUGCCACCUGGCCUCAGUGGCCCUCUGCCGCCCAACAUGGCCACCUGCCUGCCCAUCGGGCUCCCACACGGCUUCCCGACGGCCCCGACGCAGCAGCAGCCGCCCAGCAAGCCCAAAACCCGACGCAGACGCACGUGGACGCGACGCAAGGCCAUCAUCCACACCUGCAGCCACACCGGCUGCGCCAAGACGUACGCCAAGUCGUCACACCUGAAGGCACACAUGAGGACCCACACCGGAGAGAAGCCCUACACCUGCGACUGGAAGGGUUGCGGCUGGAAGUUCGCGCGCUCCGACGAGCUCACGCGACACUACCGCAAGCACACGGGUGACAGACCCUUCCAGUGCCGCCUCUGUGAGCGGGCUUUUUCUCGCUCAGACCACCUUAGUCUGCACAUGAAGCGGCACAUGGCCCUCUGAAGCUGUCAUGAAGCGUCACAUGGCCCUCUGAAGCUGUCAUGAAGCGUCACAUGGCCCUCUGAAGCUGUCAUGAAGCGUCACAUGGCCCUCUGAGGCUGUCAUGAAGCGUCACAUGGCCCUCUGAAGCUGUCAUGAAGCGUCACAUGGCCCUCUGAAGCUGUCAUGAAGCGUCACAUGGCCCUCUGAAGCUGUCAUGAAGCGGCACAUGGCCCUCUGAAGCUGUCAUGAAGCGUCACAUGGCCCUCUGAAGCUGUCAUGAAGCGUCACAUGGCCCUCUGAAGCUGUCAUGAUGCGUCACAUGGCCCUCUGAAGCUGUCAUGAAGCGUCACAUGGCCCUCUGAAGCUGUCAUGAAGCGUCACAUGGCCCUCUGAAGCUGUCAUGAAGCGUCACAUGGCCCUCUGAAGCUGUCAUGAAGCGUCACAUGGCCCUCUGAGGAUGUCAUGAAGCGGCACAUGGCCCUCUGAAGCUGUCAUGAAGCGUCACAUGGCCCUCUGAAGCUGUCAUGAAGCGUCACAUGGCCCUCUGAGGCUGUCAUGAAGCAUCACAUGGCCCUCUGAAGCUGUCAUGAAGCGUCACAUGGCCCUCUGAAGCUGUCAUGAAGCGUCACAUGGCCCUCUGAAGCUGUCAUGAAGCGUCACAUGGCCCUCUGAAGCUGUCAUGACGCGUCACAUGGCCCUCUGAAGCUGUCAUGAAGCGGCACAUGGCCCUCUGAAGCUGUCAUGAAGCGGCACAUGGCCCUCUGAAGCUGUCAUGAAGCGUCACAUGGCCCUCUGAAGCUGUUAUGAAGCGGCACAUGGCCCUCUGAAGCUGUCAUGACGCGUCACAUGGCCCUCUGAAGCUGUCAUGAAGCGUCACAUGGCCCUCUGAAGCUGUCAUGAAGCGGCACAUGGCCCUCUGAAGAUGUCAUGACGCGUCACAUGGCCCUCUGAAGCUGUCAUGAAGCAUCACAUGGCCCUCUGAAGCUGUCAUGAAGCGGCACAUGGCCCUCUGAAGCUGUCAUGACGCGUCACAUGGCCCUCUGAAGCUGUCAUGAAGCGGCACAUGGCCCUCUGAAGCUGUCAUGACGCGUCACAUGGCCCUCUGAAGCUGUCAUGAAGCGGCACAUGGCCCUCUGAAGCUGUCAUGAUGCGUCACAUGGCCCUCUGAAGCUGUCAUGAAGCGGCACAUGGCCCUCUGAAGCUGUCAUGAAGCGGCACAUGGCCCUCUGAAGCUGUCAUGACGCGUCACAUGGCCCUCUGAAGCUGUCAUGAAGCGUCACAUGGCCCUCUGAAGCUGUCAUGAAGCGUCACAUGGCCCUCUGAAGCUGUCAUGACGCGUCACAUGGCCCUCUGAAGCUGUCAUGACGCGUCACAUGGCCCUCUGAAGCUGUCAUGAAGCGGCACAUGGCCCUCUGAAGCUGUCAUGACGCGUCACAUGGCCCUCUGAAGCUGUCAUGAUGCGUCACAUGGCCCUCUGAAGCUGUCAUGACGCGGCACAUGGCCCUAUGAAGCUGUCAUGAAGCGGCACAUGGCCCUCUGAAGCUGUCAUGACGCCUCACAUGGCCCUCUGAAGCUGUCAUGAAGCGGCACAGGGCCCUCUGAAGCUGUCAUGAAGCGGCACAGGGCCCUCUGAAGCUGUCAUGACGCGUCACAUGGCCCUCUGAAGCUGUCAUGACGCCUCACAUGGCCCUCUGAAGCUGUCAUGACGCCUCACAUGGCCCUCUGAAGCUGUCAUGAACCGUCACAUGGCUCUCUAAGCCGUCACAUGUCAC